GGUCGAAAUAAAAAUAAGCAUUUCUUUCCACUGAGAAUCAGAAAUCUCAUCCAUCUCCUCUUCUAGGGUUUUCUUCGACGAAUCGAAGAAUCCAUCAGGAAAAAGCUCCGCAUUCUUCGAGAUUCCUUCUUUUUCUUCCCUCUCCGGCAUCAAUGGCGUCGAACGACACCGGCGACAAUUUCCAGCAGCGCAGACCCCGCCCGAGAAACGGUCCUCCACCGCCGCGGCGAGGAGGGAGGAACCAUGCUCAUGCGUCGGCGCGGCAGCAUCAACCGCGGGAGCAGCAGCCGCAGAGCUUGCCGGAGAAGAGGAAGCCGGUGUUCAUCACUGUGAAUCAGCUGAAACCGGGCACGGACGGCCACAACUUGACCAUUAAGGUGGUUGAUCUGAAGACCGUCCUUCAGAAGGGUGGGUCCGGAAACGGCGCCGCCUCCGCCUCCGCUCCUCAGCUUCGACAGUCGCGGAUUGCUGAGUGCCUUAUCGGAGAUGAGACCGGUACUAUCGUCUUCACUGCUCGCAACGAUCAAGUGGAUGUGAUGACGCCAGGAACAACUUUAAACAUCAGGAAUGCGAAGAUCGACAUGUUCAAAGGAUCGAUGAGGCUUGCUGUUGACAAAUGGGGACGUAUCGAGGUAACUGAACCCGCAGACUUCACGGUGAAAGAGGACAACAACCUGUCCCUCGUGGAAUACGAGCUCGUCAACGUGGUCGAGGAAUGAUUCAUUUCCUCCAUUUUCUCCUUCGGGUGAAAGGGUACUCCCGAGGGCUCAGCACUGAUUGUUUUUCUUUUUUCCGUCUGCCAUGGCCACACAGAGGAAGUAAGUUACUAUCCUCAAGCUUCAUCCUUGACACGGUGACAUGAAUGGCGAUUGGUGAUUGAAGUCAUUUUGAUGUUUUGGUCUCUCUCGUUAGGCAGAUGUCUUGUUCUUCCAUUGUGAUGUCAUUUUCUGUCUUUAUUUUUUUGCCACCUCGUUGCUGCUUUUUUGUAUGGUCUAAUAGAACAGUGUUUAAUGGAUGAUGCCGAGGUUGACUUGCUAUCCCUCCCAAGUAUCUCUUACUGUUUUGCCA